GGAUCGGGAUCGGGAUCGGGAGGGGUCCUCACCCUCGCCCCUUGGGGCAGGGAGCCGGGGACGGAUUAUUCUCUGCGGGGCGACACCAAGAAUUUCCUUUCGCAGAGAAGCCGCUCCCUGCUCCGAGGAAUGCCUGCGUGAAAGAAUUUGCCCUGCAGACAGGCAGCAGCUUGCACACAGAAAAUUGCACUUUAGACCUGCGGUGAGAGAUUUAUUGGAAGAAAAGCCCACAGCUGGAAAGCCACGAAUGAGAACGAGGGAACAGCGACAAGUGAACCAGCCCGAGGACUGAGAGUACCAACUGAAGAGAACCCUCUGACUCAGAGUUUCCAUUGAUUCAGUCAGGAGAAAGUUUGAGCCUCACCAGCAGGUGGAGCUGUCCUGCAGAGCGACCAAAGUGUAAACAAGACGACGCCAAUCAACAAUCGCCAGUCAGAAUCAGAAUGGACAAAGUAUGGAACGUAUUGAAGAGGAUUUUACCAGGCGGAUCAUCGAGGGAAGAUGAUCGGGACAAGGGAAGCAAGGUACCAGCGCAGGGUCCGAUUGAGAGCGGUGUCCCAAUGGAAUCCGGUCCGGCCGCAGAGAAGGAGGAGAGAAUUCAGCCCAGAGACAGUGACGUCAGAGACACCGAACAGGACCCUGGAACCGGCACAAGUGAGGCGACUGCCUGUCAGCUCGGAAGCUCAUUGAACACAGGACUGCCAAGUCCCAAAGAAGGAUCGGAGCCAGAGUUUACAAUCUCCGACCUCCUGGCACAGGGGGAGGAAUAUCGACUGUACCAACUGACAAAGUUCUACAGGGACAGACUCAAACAAGCAAUUGAAGAAAAGGUUGAGAGACUGGGUUGGAUGUUGACAAAGGAGGGACAUUUCAGUAGAGAAGAAAAUGAGAAAGUCACUGAGCUGACAGAGAAGGGAAACCGGGCAGAGAGUUCCAGACUCUUCCUCAGUCUGGUGAAUGGCAAAGGCUCCUGGGCCCGGAGGGCGAUGUGGGAAUCCUUUCUGAUGUGGAGGACUGAGUUACCGAAGUUGGACAGAAUACUGAGGGAAAUACAGGAACUCGGUCCUGAUCCACAGGAAUACAUGAACAUCGGCCAAGGUUUAUCUGAAUUACCCACACAGCUGAUAGAUGUUCAACAGAAAUACAAGGAGACUCUGCGGACACAAACUGAAACACUGAGAGUGAACACGAUCCUGAUGAGGGAGAAGGUGAAGGUUUUCCAGCUGGCUGAUCGAUACGCUGAGCUCACGGUCAUUUCUACUGUUCGAGAUUGGACACUGGUGGAACAUGAGCUGCUGGCAAGAGGCAGAGACCAUGAGGAUUAUAGAGAGGAACAACUCCGCAGACAGCUGGAAAAAAUCCGUACUGAUCAGUUAUUCCAGAGCAGCUUUUCCCGGAGUAAAUCCAAAUCUGGGAGUUCAGCAGCAGUGGCCGGAGUCCCGGGGAUCGGGAAAACAACGAUGGUACAAAAGAUUGUUUAUGACUGGGCCAUGGGGAAAAUAUACCAACAGUUCCAGUUUGUCUUCAGUUUCAAAUUCCGAGAUUUAAACAGUAUUGACUGUCGAAUAAACCUGAAGGAACUGAUUCUGGAUCAGUAUCCUUACUUUGGGAAUAUCCUGAGAGAAGUCUGGAGGAACCCAAAGGGAUUACUGUUUAUAUUCGAUGGUUUAGAUGAAUUCAAACACAAAAUCGAUUUUGCGGACAGUCGGAGAGAUACAGAUCCCAAGCACCAGUGCCCAGAUCCCGAGUGGAGGUGUGAAGUGUUGGACAUUGUGUACAGUUUAAUCCAGGGCAAGCUGCUCCCAGGGUGUUCAGUGCUGGUGACCACCCGCCCAACUGCGUUACAUUUAUUGGAAAAGGCGAAUAUCAGUGUCCGGGCUGAAAUCCUGGGAUUUGUUGGUGAGGAACGGAAGGAAUAUUUCAUCAGACAUUUUGAAGAUCAGACGGUGGCCGAAGCUGUUUUCAAUUAUGUGAAGGAGAACGAGAUCCUCUACACCAUGAGCUACAACCCCUCCUAUUGCUGGAUCCUCGCUCUGGCACUAGGCCCCUUCUUCACACAAAGAGUCGGGGACCCACAGCGAGUUCCCAAGACCAUCACCCAACUGUACUCCUACUAUAUUUACAACAUCCUGAAAAACCACGGCCGUGAGAUUGAGAAUCCCCGUCAUGUGUUACUCAGGGUUGGUCAGAUGGCCUUCAGAGGAGUGUCCGAGAAGAAGAUUGUGUUUACAGAAGGAGAUUUGGUCAUCUACAGUCUGCAGCCUUCCCAGUUCCUGUCCGGGUUCCUGAUGGAGCUUUUGGAGAGAGAGGAUUCUGCCCAAAGUGUGGUGUACACAUUCCCACACCUCACCAUCCAAGAGUUUGUAGCUGCAGUCGCACAAUUCCUGAAUCCACAUCCCGGGGAUAUCCUGAAAUUCCUCACUAAAGCCCACAACACGACAGAUGGGCGAUUUGAGGUAUUUUUCCGUUUUGUUGCUGGUCUCUCCAACCCAAUGACAGCUCGGGGCCUGGUGGAGAUUCUGGGUCCAUUUCCUCAUGAAACAACCUGCCGGGUGAUUGACUGGGUGAAGGAGGAGGUUAAACGUCAGUGUGGAAACACGGAGAAUGAAGCUGGUAAAAGGAGCCUCCUGAACACAUUGCACUACCUGUUUGAGUCUCAGAAUCGUGGACUGGCUAAGGAAACACUGGGAUCUGUGGAAAGACUUUCAUUCAGUGGAAUGACACUGACCCCGAUUGACUGUGCGGUCCUGUCUCAUGUCAUUGGACUCUGUGAUACAAUAAAACACCUCGACCUGGAGAACUGCCACAUUCAGUGUGAAGGAAUCCAGCGGCUGGGACCCGGGCUGCACAAGUGCCAGGAGUUGAGACUGAACAAUAAUAAACUGGGGGAUUCAGGAGUGAAACUGGUGUCUGCCGCUCUGAGGAACCCGGAGUGUAAAAUACAGACACUGUGGCUGAACAAUGUCGGUCUUACACUUUCUGGUGCCGAGGAUCUCGUCUCCGCUCUCAGUACAAACCCAUCACUGACGGAGCUGGGCCUGAGUUAUAAUAAACUGGGAGAUUCAGGAGUGAAACUGGAGUCUGCGGCUCUGAGGAACCCGGAGUGUAAAAUACAGAGACUGUGGCUGGGGGGUGUCGGUCUCACAGAUUCUGGUGCCGAGGAUCUCGUCUCCGCUCUCAGUACAAACCCAUCACUGACGGUGCUGUACCUGGAAUCAAACUCUCUGACAGACCGAUCUGUCCCCGCUCUCCGCCGCCUCAUACAGACCCUCCCGAGUCUGGAGUGGAUCGGGCUGGGGUACAAUCGGUUCAGUGAGACCGGGAUGAAGGAACUGAGAUCUCUACAGGAACCCAGACCCGGACUGAGAGUGGAUCUGAACAUCUGAAUGUGGUGAAUCGGUUCAGUGAGACCGGGAUGAAGGAACUGAGAUCUCUACAGGGAGUCAGACCCGGACUGAGAGUGGAUCUGUGAACAUCUGAAUGUGGGGAAUCGGUUCAGUGAGACCGGGAGGAAGGAACUGAGAUCUCUACAGGGAGUCAGACCCGGACUGAGAGUGGAUCUGUGAACAUCUGAAUGUGGGGAAUCGGUUCAGUGAGACCGGGAUGAAGGAACUGAGAUCUCUACAGGAACCCAGACCCGGACUGAUGGUGGAUCUGUGAACAUCUGAAUGUGGGGAAUCGGUUCAGUGAGACCGGGAUGAAGGAACUGAGAUCUCUACAGGAAACCAGACCCGGACUGAGAGUGGAUCUGUGAACAUCUGAAUGUGGUGAAUCGAUUCAGUGAGACCGGGAUGAAGGAACUGAGAUCUCUACAGGAACCCAGACCCGGACUGAUGGUGGAUCUGUGAACAUCUGAAUGUGGGGAAUCGGUUCAGUGAGACCGGGAUGAAGGAACUGAGAUCUCUACAGGAACCCAGACCCAGACUGAGAGUGGAUCUGUGAACAUCUGAAUGUGGGGAAUCGGUUCAGUGAGACCGGGAAGAAGGAACUGAGAUCUCUACAGGGAGUCAGACCCGGACUGAGAGUGGAUCUGUGAACAUCUGAAUGUGGGGAAUCGGUUCAGUGAGACCGGGAUGAAGGAACUGAGAUCUCUACAGGAACCCAGACCCGGACUGAGAGUGGAUCUGUGAACAUCUGAAUGUGGGGAAUCGGUUCAGUGAGACCGGGAUGAAGGAACUGAGAUCUCUACAGGAACCCAGACCCGGACUGAGAGUGGAUCUGUGAACAUCUGAAUGUGGUGAAUCGGUUCAGUGAGACCGGGAGGAAGGAACUGAGAUCUCUGCAGGAACCCAGACCCGGACUGAGAGUGGAUCUGUGAACAUCUGAAUGUGGUGAAUCGGUUCAGUGAGACCGGGGGGAAGGAACUGAGAUCUCUACAGGGAGUCAGACCCGGACUGAUGGUGGAUCUGAACAUCUGAAUGUGUGAACAUCCCCGCCCGCGGGAUGGGGACAUUUGGCCGACUCCCCGCCCUCCCCUUUAACUCCCGCACUUACCUUUAACGGCCGCGCGCCGGGGCUGAUUCCCAACGGUUUUAACGGAACCGGCUCGGGCCUCGCGCUGUGUGCGUCGCUCGCAGCGGUCCCGCAGUGACGUGUUUCCGCCUGUUGUCCGGCGGGGCAGCUUCCGCCGGAAGUGCGUAUACGAGACUCCCCACGUGACUCCCCGGGGAAUUACCCGGACAGGAAGAGCCCGGGGUCCGGGGCUCAGUCUGGGACACCGGUGUCCCGGGGUGUGGGGGAUGGUCCCGGGAGAAUCCUUUUGCCCCCUUUGCUGAGGACGGAGCAUUCGGCAGCCUGGCCGAUAUAAUGAUGUUAAAUGGACAAAUCCCUCGGCAGUGAACCUGGAUCUGCAGCGAUCCCGGACACGGCCCCGAAGUGUGAUUUUAUAAUCAGUUUUAUAAUUUUAUAAUCAGUUCCCCGAUGCCGAGUGACGGUGAGAAACGGGACUGAUUAUUCAACCGGUCACCCCUUGUCGCCGGUCAGUUAAUUGUGUGUGACUGUGAGCAGAUUAUUUAUUCCCGCACGUUAGCAGCUCACACAUUGUUUCAUUGAUAUAUCUCAUAAAAAAUCAAUAAACCAAUGUAUCUUCCUG